AUGCACCGAAUCGACAACAACAACAACAGCUCCCCCACUCUCACUCUGACUAAAAAGAAAUCCAAGUUUCGACUAAAGACAUCUAUCCAACAAUUCCUCAGCAACAAACUACCAGAAUCGGCAUCGCGCGUCAAUACAGCAGCAACAACAGACGACGAAGAAUACACCAACAGAGACGAGCAAUCCAACUACUCGGUCGCGACACCACACAAGACGAACUCUCAUGGCAGUCCUAUCCCCAGCCGUCAACCCGGCUUCGCCAUCAAUGCUCCAACCGAAAGGAAACAUGAGGUCGUACCCUGUACAACUUUGAACGAGUCGGUAACUAGUAGUGGUGAUACGAUUUCGACAACAGACCCAGUGACUAACAACGCCUGUACAGUGCACGUGACCUCCACUGUUUCCAGGGAGGAUACCCAAAUGGAGAUCACAAUGCCGGUUGUCUGCCUUGCUUGCAAUGCCACG